GGCAUUCUCGAAGCAAACACUAGCUGGAUAGCUAGGCUAGCGGUUUUAUAAGGUAAUCUCACGGUUAUAGUUUAACGUGAAGUUUGCCUGUUUACCGAGUUAAACACAGUUAAAGAAGUUUACAAGAUUUUGAGGCCAGCGAAUCAAUUCUAGGUUUUUUAAAUUUGCUUCCCCCUGCCUUAGACAGUCAUCUUUUUUUGGAUCAACUCCGAUAAGCUACUCAGCCAUUAUGGCUGACUUUGGGUUUAACGACCAUCAUCAGAAUGAAAUUAUUAAUUACAUGCGAUUUGCCCGUUCAAAGAGGGUCCUGAGUCUUAAGACGAUCGACUCAUGCUUCGAGGAACUCAAAGAUAGCAGGCUGGUGGAGGAGACGUUCACGGUGGACGAAGUGAAAGAGAUGCUGGACGGGCUGCAGAUGGUGGUGCGUGGGGAGGUGGAGAUGGAGCUCAUCAACACGGCCCACACUAACGUGCUGCUGCUCAGGCAGCUUUUCUCUCAGGCAGAGAAGUUUUACCUUCGACUGCAGAGUGACAUCUCAGAGCUGGAGAACAGGGAGCUUUUAGAGCAAGUGGCUGAAUUUGAGAAGACUGACUUUAAAACCACCAGUAAGAUAAACCAAGAAACGAGCAAACCCAAGUUAGCGCCGUUGAAUGAAGGCGGGGUGUCGGAACUUCUUAAUAAGGAAAUAGCGAGACUACAGGAGGAAAAUGAGAAACUGAAAGCCAGGCUUCGGACUUUAGAAUCUCAGGCCAUGAGUGCCUUAGAAGGGAAAUCAAAGGUAGAGCGAGCCCUGAAAGACCUCCAGAAAGUGCAAGGUGAACAGCAGCUUGAUGCUCAAUCCCAGGAGAUCAGCAGUCUAGAGAACACAGUAGCAGCCCUGAAGGAGGACUAUGAACGGUCUCUCAGCGCCAACGCUGCAUCGCAGAAGGAUUUGCAAGAGAACCUCAUCUCUGCCAAACACGAGCUUCUAAGAGUGCAGGAGCAGCUGGCCUUAGCAGAGAAGGAGCUGGACAAAAAGUUUCAACAAACGGCAGCGUACCGCAACAUGAAGGAGAUUCUAACCAAGAAGAACGAGCAGAUCAAAGAAAUUAGGAAACGAUUGCAAAAAUAUGAGCCCGACGAAUGAGCUCCACACACAUCAACCAGGAAAACAGGACCAAAAUGUACGACUGUGGUGUCGACAAGAAACCAUCAGUUCCAGUGUUUUAAGACAAGAAAGACAGUAAAAAAAAUCUUUCUAGAAAGAAUUCUUUUUACUUUAUCUAACAGUUUCUGUACUUAUUGGCUAUAGGUAAAAGCAGAAACCAGUCGGUUUGCUGCAYAAAACUGAAUACACUUUAUUUUUUCUCCUGUCGGAAGCUUAAGCUCACCUUUAGUAGCUAUCUCUCCUCUCAGUGCUCUAUGCAAUUUCCUGCUUGAAGGGGCCUUGUCCGUUUGCUGAAAUGGACAGAAAUAAACUCUUUGUCUCAAGCUUUGCUCUUAUAUUUAUCAAAUAGGAAAUACUGAAUAGUCUGGUUAAUAAUUACUGAUAUUUUCUCGUCUUAAUUUUAGCAGCACCUUAAAAUCCAGUUUUAACAAGCGAAACCAAGUUCCAAGCAAAUUUUUUUGUUCAUUAGUGAUCAUUUUAGUGAAAAGUGAUGCUUCUCGAUGCUUGAGGUUUUCGGGUUGUUUUGCCAUUUAAAUGUUUUUAUUGCAUUUCACUCCUAAGUAUUUCCAAUAAUACAAUAUAAUAUAAUACUGCGUGGAAGUCGGAGCUUAAAGCAAAUUUAUUUUUCUUCUUUUUGCUCCUGCGUCUAGAUUUGAAGGGCAUAGAAUAUUUUUUGUGUGGAAUCUUUGUGUAUUUUUUGUAUCACUGUAUUUACAUGACUUUCAAUUCAUGAAGAAAUGGCUCUUGUAGAGUGUGACACAUCUACUGUUACAUUAGAUGUGUGUUUGUCUGGAUUGUGCAAAAUAUGGGCAAAUAAAAGUUGUGACUUGG